AUGGCUCGUGGACAUCAGAAAAUCCAAUCCCAACAGAAGAACCAGAAGAAGAUGGAAGUAAGUAGAUUUUAAUGCAACUCUAGCAAGUUGUAAGUUCUGUAAAUUGUUACUUUUGUCACAAUGUGUGCCCUUAUAUUAAUUUAUAGUUUCAUUUUACUUUUUGGUGGUGUUUACCUAUAAUAUUUAGUUUUCUGCGAGUUAUACCUUGUUAAAUAUCUCAUUGUUGUAUUUUCAGGCUGCUCGCAAGGGUGGUGUUGACCAAAAAGCAGCUGCCCAGAAGGCCUUGAAGCACAAGUGCACUGUUUGCAUGGCCGAGAUGCCCGAUCCAAAGACUUACAAGCAACACUUCAUGUCAAGACACCCCAAAGCUUCUAUUCCAUCCGAACUUGUUGACGUUGAAGCGUGA